AUGUGCAGGGGACGGGGGGUUUAUGGAUUCUACAUUGGCCUGGGCUUGGCUGUCUUCUCCAGCUUCCUCAUCGGAAGCAGCGUCAUCCUCAAGAAGAAGGGGCUGCUACGGCUGGUGGAGAAGGGAGGCACCAGAGCAGGAGAUGGAGGCCAUGGCUACCUAAAGGACUGGCUCUGGUGGGCUGGCUUGCUAACCAUGGGUGGAGGGGAAGCUGCCAACUUUGCUGCCUAUGCGUUUGCCCCUGCAACUAUUGUCACGCCUCUGGGGGCUCUGAGCGUGCUCAUAAGUGCCAUCCUGUCUUCGUAUUUGCUUGGAGAACGGCUCAAUCUGCUGGGAAAGCUGGGCUGCAUGCUCAGCCUUGUGGGCAGCACCGUGAUGGUGAUACAUGCCCCAGAGGAUGAGGAGGUCACCACUCUGGAUGAAAUGUUGUCUAAGCUGAAAGCACCAGGUUUCCUCGCUUAUGCUGCGAUCCUCUUGGCUGUCUGCUUCCUCCUGAUCUUGUACCUCGCACCCCGCUAUGGCCAGAGAAACAUCCUCAUCUACCUCACCAUCUGCUCUGUUAUCGGUGCCUUCUCCGUGUCCUCAGUCAAGGGCCUGGGUAUUGCCAUCAAGGGCUUCUUUGCUGGCCGCCCUGUGCUGCAGCACCCAUUGACGUGGAUCCUAGUCAUCACACUGGUGGCAUCCAUCACUACACAAAUUAACUACCUCAAUAAGUCUCUAGACAUUUUCAACACCUCUUUAGUGUUUCCCAUUUACUAUGUGCUGUUCACCACCAUUGUCAUCACAACUUCCAUCAUCCUCUUUAAGGAGUGGGUUGCCAUGACUGUAGUCGACAUCAUUGGGACAGUUUGUGGCUUCUUCACCAUCAUUUUGGGGGUGUUUUUACUCCAUGCCUUCAAAGACAUGGAUGUCAGUUUAGGGAAUCUACCACAAGUUCUCCAGAGUGGACAGCAAGCACCGGUCACCCGAGAUGACAAGAACAUCCUGAUAGAGGUGGACAACUCCAGCAUCUCCCCAGAAGAUAAACCCAAAGUAUUCAUGAUCUACACCUAG